AUGGGAUUUUCCACUCAAUGGUGCAAUUUGAUAAUGCAAUGUGUUUCAACUACUAACUUAGCAAUCAUGUUGAAUGGGGUUCCUUGUGAAUUCUUCAAACCCUCAAGGGGUUUAAGACAAGGAGACCCUCUUUCUCCCUAUCUCUUUAUUUUGUGCAUGGAAGUUCUUUCAAGAACUCUAAUCGAUGCUGAAAAUAAAGGAAAAAUCCAUGGGAUAAAAAUUGAGAAAAAAGCUCAUGUUGUUAGUCACCUCCUAUUUGCUGAUGAUUGUAUCAUCUUCUGCAAAGCAGAUAAGAAGGAAGCUGAAAACAUCCUUAACAUUUUUGAAAAGUUUAGUUAUGGUUCUGGUCAGAUGAUCAACCUAACAAAAUCUGGGAUAUUUUUCAGUAAAAACACCUCAAAAGAAAUGGUCAAAGAAAUCACUGAGCUAAUGAAGAUUGAUCCAAUCCCAUUAGCUGACAAGUAUUUUGGAUCACCAUUAUUCACAAAUAAGUCUAAGGUUAAAUCUUUCUACUCUAUAAUAGUCAAAUUGAAAGGAAGGUUAGCUGGUUGGAAAGGAAAAACCAUUAAUCCAGCUGGAAAAAUGGUUAUGAUAAAACAUGUAACAUUCACUCUGGCUAACCACCAGAUGAGUACUUUCAAGAUACCAAAAACAACAAUAGAAGAAAUGAAUAAAAUCCAGAGAGACUUCUUUUGGGGAAAUGAAGAUGGUAAAAGCAAAAGGAUUUAUCCUAAGGCUUGGGUUGCAGUUUGCAAAAACAAGGAUGAAGGGGGAUUAGACUUCAUGAACCUUGAAAAGUUCAAUGAAGCUAUGAUCUCAAACAUUGGAUGGAGAAUGCUGAAACAACCAGACACUCUAGGAGCUCAAGUUAUGAAUGCAAAAUACUUCCCUGAGGAAGAUAUAAUGCAUAUCUCCACAAAACCUAAACCUACUGAUUCCUGGGUUUGGAAAGGAAUCUUAUCUGGAAUUAAAAAUAUCCAGAAAAUUGGCAAAUGGGAAGUGGGAACAGGGAACAAUAUACAUAUUUGGUCUGACAAUUGGGUUCCAAAUCAAAUGUCUCCCAUAACUAAACCAGAUAACUACCCUGAUCACAUCCAAAGAGUAAGUGAUCUUAUUAUAAAUCACACUCAAUGGAAUGAAGAGCUCAUCUUUGAACUCUUUGACAACAACAUAGCCAAUCAGAUAAGGAACACAGUAAUCCAUCACAACCAGGAGGACAAAGACAUCUGGCCUCUAACCAAACAUGGAAACUUCUUUGUCAAAACUCUCUAUAAGGAGUUACCAAAAAGCAAAGACACUACACCAAGAAGAAAUAAAAAUUGGAAGGCUAUUUGGAAUUUGAACACUAGCCCCUCAAUUAGGCUAUUCACAUGGAAAGUAGCACAAAACAUCCUUCCAACUGGAGCAAAAGUGGGGAAACACCUUAAUUACAUUGAAGACAUUUGCAAAAUCUGCAAUUACCAAAUGGAGAAUCUAACUCAUCUUUUUAUGUAUUGCCCUAUUACUAUUCAAGUUUGGUUAGAACUAAAAAUUGACCCAAAUACAAAGGAAAGAUGUAAUGUACAUUUCAAUAACUUUACAGGCACUGCCCAGACUUUAGCCAAAACAAUUCAGAGUUACAUGAACAUGAGGAAGGCAGCUGAGAACAAACACAAAAACAACUUUAUGCAUACAGAUUAUUCCAUGUCUGCAGCUGAGAGCAAAACAAUUGAAUAUAGAAUACAGUGGAAACCACCUCCAAUAUUUACUCUGAAAUUGAAUGUAGCAAUCCAUUUUAACAGUAUGCGAAAUGUCUAUGGAAUAGGACUAACGCUAUAUGAUUUUACAGGGGAAUGUACAGGGGCAAGAGGCAUUGGGCACAUCCAGAAGAGCACCAUAGAGACAACCGAGAUAGCUGCUCAGGAGACAUUUAAGUGGGCGGCAGGAUUGGGGAGCAGGAUUGAAAUUGAGUCCAACUCUAGUGAGCUGAUAAAGCUGACUAGGAAAAUUCAUGUUGAGCAGAUACACAGAAGAUUCGAACUGAAGGAAGAAACUGUUAAUUAUUUUGAGAUUACUACUUGGAGCACCACAAACUCCACUCAAAACUAUUUAGCUUUAAAUUUACCAAACCAUAUUUCAAGUUGUAAUAUUAGUAGACAAUGGAGGGGACCUGAAAUAUGGAACCUAAACCAACAGAUCACUAGAGAUCUGGCUGAAAACAAUGGGGAAGGGAAUUUAGCUGGUAGACAUUACAGGGGACAGGAUAUCUUGUAUGGAAACUAG